GUUGUUGUCGUCGUUCCUUCCGUGCCUUGGUCGCAAUUCCUUCUUCCCGUGGUUCUUUCCUCAUCUUGCAUUUCCAUCUUCAUUUCUGUCCUGGCGACCGAUUCCGAUUCCGAUUCCGAUUCCGAUUCCGAUUUCGAUUUCGAUUCCGGUUCCGGUUCCGAUUCCGAUUCCCGGAUUCCCUUUGGUACGAGUAAACUUACCUAUACCGUUUCCAUCCCACCUCCACCCCUGAUGAAAAUGCUGGUGCUGGUGCUGUCGGAAAUCUGAUAUCGAGAACCGUUGUGUUGUGCUGUGCCAUUCGCUCGCUACAGCUACCGUAGCUUCCUCUUCCCCUUCCCUUCCUCCCCUCGUUGGUCCCCGUGGUCCCAUACCUCUCUACCUCCCUCCCUCCCGCUACCCAUUCGCCUCGGCCGGUACAAGUACGACGAACAAUCACGAGCUUUCCCUUCCCCUUCCCCUUCCCCAUCGAGGGAAUCCGAAUCCGAAUCCGAAUCUGGAUUCCGGACAUCACAGCACAACAUGCUGCGUCUAAGGCGGUAUCGCGUCUUUCUUUUCUUUGCCGCAGUAUUUGUUUUUCUGGUCGUUCGCCUGUCGCGGAGAAGCGAUUGGGCCCGCGCGGAACUUGAACAAUUUACGUCGCAUAGGGAUAGCAAUGGACAUGGGGGUAAACCAUUGGAGGCAGUGAGGGAAAAGUCCAUACCUUUCACACCCAUACCACCCAAGGCACCGAAUCUGCAAGCACAAUGGACUGCUCCCCCUGGCUAUGAAAAGGAACCCAUUGCGACCCCUCCACCAAAGGCGAAAGUCGAUUCCAAGUCUCCCAAAUCAGAGCAGCCUGAAGCGGUGCCGGACGAGGAAGUUCCAAUUGGACGCAGCCAACCUCACGUUUAUCCUCCUGAAACAGGCCAGAAUAUAUUGCAAGAUAAAGCCACUCAAGUACACUGGCAGAAGCAACCCGAGCGUUAUCCUGUCCCUGCCGAGUCGUUGAUCCAUCUCCCAACGGGCAAGCCUGUCAAGAUACCGACGAUCCAACACAAAUUCGAUGACGAGACUACGGAUGCAAAGAUAUCACGCCAGAAGAGGCAGGCACUGGUGAAGAAGGAAUUCCAAAGGGCGUGGAAGGGAUACAAGAAGUAUGCUUGGAUGCAUGAUGAAUUAUCCCCCGUCUCAGGAAAAUUCCAGGAUCCAUUCUGCGGAUGGGCGGCAACCCUCGUGGAUACUUUGGACACUUUAUGGAUUAUGGGGUUAGAAGAUGAAUUUGAGGAGGCAGUCAAAGCUGUGGAAUUGAUAGAUUUCACCACAUCUCCAAGACAGGAUAUUCCCAUGUUCGAAACCACCAUUCGCUACCUCGGGGGUCUGGUAGCAGCAUUCGAUGUGAGCGGUGGGAAAUACAAGAGUUUGCUCACCAAAGCUGUUGAGCUGGCUGAGAUCCUCAUGGGAGCCUUUGACACCCCAAACCGGAUGCCAGUCUUGUACUAUAGAUGGGCUCCGGAUUUUGCUGCCGCACCUCAACGAGCCAGUUCAAGGUCCAAUUUAGCUGAGCUAGGCUCUCUAUGCAUGGAGUUCACAAGGCUUGCACAAUUGACCAAGGACCCCAGGUAUUACGAUGCCGUGGCACGCGUUACGAAUGCACUAUCAGAAUGGCAAGAUCGUGGUACCUCUCUUGGUGGUGUAUUUCCCGAAAAUGUCGAUGCUUCGGGCUGUAAUCGAACUAUAGUGCCUCCAGACUUUUCAACCGAAUCCUCUUCUGACCCCGCAACUCUCUCAGAAGGAGUUACACAUGUGAACCCACAGCAGCCUGCAGUAGAAAAACCUGAAGUACUUCUUGGUCAGCCAAGCAGAAUUGAAGGAUGGGACGAAACACACCCAAACCCAAAAGGAGCACAACCGGCCAAGGGUGCGACAAAAGAGAAGAGACAGUUAUACAUGAUUGAGAAAGAGGCAACAAUCGAAAAACGAACCCCGCCAACACCAACUCAAGUCGAUCCAUAUCAAUAUCCAUAUGGGGAGUGCAAACCGCAAGGCUUGGACUCCACUGGCGCUGAUAAAUAUUCCAUGGGUGGUGGUCAAGACUCAACUUAUGAAUACUUUCCAAAGGUAAUGAUCCAUUCCUGUUACUCUUGGACAACGCUGACAUUCCGAAGCAACAUCUUUUGCUAGGUGGUCUUGAAAGUGUAUAUAGCAAAAUGUACGACAAAACCAUGGAUGCCAUCAAAAAGCAUAUGCUCUAUCGACCAAUGCUGCCUGAUAAUCGCGACGUACUUUUCACUGGCUCCCUACAGAUAUACAGCUACGUUCAAUCAAACGUUCCUGAAUUGACUACUGAGAUUGAACACCUUACUUGCUUCAUCGGUGGAAUGGUCGGAAUGGCAGCGAAGAUUUUCGAUCGAAAGGGUGAUCUUGAGAUGGCAAAGAAACUUACAGAAGGUUGUGUAUGGGCAUAUGAAACAUCUGUAACAGGAGUUAUGCCUGAGGGUGGUCAUUUGUUCCCCUGUGAUAACAUGGACAAAUGUACUUGGGAUGAAAAGGCUUACUAUCUCAAGUUGGACACACAGGGUGAAAGAAGAGAUCAGGUUGUAGCUGACUACAAGAAGAACAAAGCUGCCCGCGAGGAAGAGUCGAAGUUGGAAAUUGAAAGGGCUGCGGCAUCUGAUCGUAUACUCGUGGCCAAAAUUCACGCUGAACAGGAAGCAGCAGCUGGGUUACGCAAGCGGGAUAAGGAGGCUGAGGACGGGAAAACCCCCUUUCGAAAACAAGAAACCACAGGUUCCUCGGUUGAGAAAAAAUUUCAAAAAACAGAAGAAGAAUUAGAAAGUGUUGCUCUUGCUGGACGACAAGCUGAGAAGCCCAUUGACCCGUCAAUGCCACCAGUUGAUCCCUCGAUGCCACUCACUCAUAAGGAAUUCGUAAAGUCUCGCAUUGAACAAGAGGGACUCCCGCCUGGAUUUGUAGAUAUCAGAUCCAGGCAAUAUAUCCUUCGGUAAGUUUUGAUCCCUCAUCCUUCUUCCCUCGUCCCUUUUUUAUUUUUCCUCAACUGACUCUUCCCAGACCCGAAGCCAUCGAGUCAGUGUGGUACAUGUAUCGCAUCACCGGGGAGACAAAGUGGCAAGAGAAGGGGUGGAAGAUGUUCGAAUCUAUUAUUAAAGCAACGCAAACCGAGUUUGGACACUCGGCCAUCAUGGACGUCACCAUGCUCCCGCCGUAUCCCACGGAUUCCAUGGAGAGUUUCUGGUUGGCGGAGACGUUGAAGUACUUUUACUUACUCUACUCGACGCCGGAUACGAUUAGUCUGGAUGAGUGGGUUCUUAAUACUGAGGCGCAUCCUUUUAAGAGGCCUGUUUAGGGGUGGUUUUGGUUUUUGGCAUUUCGGGGGGGGGGUAGAGUGGGAUUUUUGUAUAUGGAAUAGGAUGGCUGGCUGGAUGGGAGGGCGGAUUGUAAAUGUUAUGGAGUUGUUAUCUUUUUUUGGCUUAUUAGGAAAAAGCUUCUUUUGGGUUUAUGUUUUUUUCUUGUGUUUCUUGGGGGUUUUUUUACGCAUUGAGAUGGGGGCGUUUGUGUCUUUCUGUUUGUUUGGUUUGUACGGGAUAUGUAUGGAUGUAUGUUAUGAAGAGGUACUAUAGUAGCUAAAGCUUGCUGCUUGCGUGGGGAGGGAAAGAUAUAAUUUUACUCUUUAUUGUUUAGGAUUAUAUUUAUACUUAUA